GUGUCUAUUAUUUUUACCAUGAACACGCAUGCUUUAGGUUUUUCUAUGUAUAAUAUUUAAUUAACAAAUAACAUUGUUUUACAUUUAAAGAUGAUUUUAAUAGAACAUGUUAUUCGCAUUUUGGUUUAUUCGUUUUGCGUAUUUCCUGCAACCCACGCUUGGGAUUACAUAGCGUUCGCCCAACAGUGGCCCCAAAGCGUCUGCAAGAACAUGAAACUGAGAAACGCUUACACCAAAUGCCACAUCCCCAUCAAAGACAAAUGGACCGUGCACGGAGUCUGGCCGUCGAAUCGCAACUACAGACAGCAAACGCAAUGUCUGGGCGACGAGAGAUUCGAAACCGGCCAGCUGCAAUCGAUAAUGGACGACAUGAAGACGCGCUGGUUCUCCGUCACCACCGGAAACGACCAGAAGUUCUGGAGGCACGAGUGGGACAAGCACGGACGGUGCGGCCACAACGUGCGCGGCCUGGACACCAUGCUGAACUAUUUUAAAAAGGGUUUAAUUUGGAACAAACAGUACGACGUCGCCGCUAUUUUGGCCCAACACAACAUACACCCCGACAACAAUGUAUUAGUGCCUGUCAACAGUAUUUUAAACGCCAUCAAGUCGACGAUCGGGGCACAACCCAAAAUUAGGUGCCUUAAGGACGAAUAUCUGAGCGAAAUUUACUUGUGUUUCGAUGACAAUUUGAACAUCAUGGACUGUUACGGUCAGCCUAACUGUAAGAAGGACAUAUUUUAUCUGGAAACGUGGGAGGACGUUCCCAAAUAUCCCACUAGUACACAUAAACCACACAGUACUAAAACUGUUGAACCUCACCCUAGUACCAGUACACCUGAACCUCAUCCCAGUACCAGUACACUUGAACCUCAUCCUAGUACAAGUACACCUGAACCACUUCCUAGUACUAGUACUGUCGAGCCGUCCAAAUCUACGACUGUGGGUGGCAAUUUAAUGAUUAUUUUAAUCGGGAUUAUGUGUGCACACAUGUUUAUAAAGAUGCCUUAAAUCUAAUCUGUACAAAUAAUUUUUUAUAGUAUUUAACAAUAAAUCAGUAUUUUAUUGAAA